GCCCUUUAUUAUUGCAUAAAGGUUCAUCAUCCCCCUUUUUGAAUUGACUUUUCAUCAGAAAAAGAUUUCUCCACAGAUUGGUACCGAAAUACCUUCUUUCAUGUCUGGACAGGUAUGCAUGGUGAUGCGGGUUAAUCUGGAUUGCCCUUCUUGCUGCAGGAAAAUGAGAAGAAUCAUUCUCAGAAUGAAAGAAAUAGAGAUGCACCUGAUAGAGAAGCAACACAACAGAGUGAGCAUCUUUGGCCGGUUUGAUCCAGCAGACAUAGCCAUAAGACUUAGGAAAAAAAUGAAGAGAAGAGUUGAGAUUUUGGACAUUCAAUUACCCGGUGAUGGACUGGCCGAAGAGAUGCCUCAUGCCACUGAUGGCCCUGAUCAAUCCGUUAUGCAACAACCGUAACAGAGAAUGACAUGCUCACAAUAGGAGAGGAUGCUCAUACUAUAUUAAAGUAUUGGAAGGUUUAGCUUCUGUUUUAGUCCCAACAAAAAAAUAAAAUUAAUUUGUUGGUUUAUGCUAGUCUGGAAAAACUAAGGCCCUCUUUGUAUACAAUACCAAAUUAAUGUAUGUUGAUGUACAUAAUUUAGCUGUCUUUUUUUUCUU